CAGAAAUAAUAAAGAGAAUGGCUCGACAAGUUAGUACUGCAGUUUCGGACCUGGUUCUAGCUUUAACAGUAUUUUAUGUGGUUUAUUAUACAAUAUGGUUUAAUUUUUUUGCUGCCGUUGGACUACUACUACAGGGAGCAGCAGCUUCAGUUGGAGUCUACAGAUUCUCACAGACUUUUCCUCUGUCUAAAGUCGUCAAGGCGCAUAAAUUUAUGUCAUGGAUAGCGACAGUUGCAGGAAUGUCAUUAAUUGCUAGUGGGUUUUGUCGGGAUUCAUUACCCUUCUUAAUGAAUUUGAACUUCAUGUUUUUUGUGGUAGUUUUGAUAGUUGGACAGUUUCUAGAACAUUCACAGUCUGUAUUAGCAACUCAAGCCUGUAGUGGGCUGGCAAUGCUUACUGUAAUUCUUGCCUCUCUACAAUCCUGGAAUGUAUAUGGAGUUGUAGCAGCAUGCAUUUAUAUUUUUGCUGGAACACAAAUUGGAGUUGAUGGAUUUUAUGCUGGGAUUCCAAGAGUUGAUCUCUUACAUUAUGCACUGGUUGUUGGUAACAUUUUCUUCCUGUGGGCUUUAAGAAUUGUGUAAGUUCAGUAGAUAAUCAGUUACUUUUGAAUGGUAUUUAACUGUAGCAAUUAUUGGAAUGCUUUAAUUCAGUUCUGUGACAAGAAUUUGUUCAAUUAGGUUUUAUGAAACUUUUAAAGGUUACAACGAAAUGGCUGAUGCUGAAAUCCUUUCAGAGAGGAUUUUAAGAUGGAUUGCUAUGGGACUGCCUUUGUAUUACACUCUUUGAAAUUUUAUGACUAUUACCUUGCCUUUGAUAGAUCCACAAUGCCAGUUAUUUGUUUCACUUUUGUAUGGAGAAGUAUAAUUUCAAUGUCAUAUCUG